CUUGCAUUAAUGCUCCGAAGAGAUGCUGACGACGGUUACUUUCUCGCUACUUUUGAGCGCAUUCGCCAGUGUUUUAUCGUCAGCAGAAGUGUUUCGGUUCUCUUCUUAUUAUGGGAAUCACAUGGUUCUGCAGAAGGCCCCAGCCAAAGCAGUGGUGUGGGGAUUUGGACAGAACGGUGCCAAGGUUGUGUUGUCAUUGUCAGGACUUCAAGAAGUCUCUACUACUGUUAUUAAUGGUAUUUGGCGCACAACUCUCAAACCUGUAAAGGCUAGUGGUAGUCCGUACAAAUUGACUGCAUCUCAGAAUAUAACUAAUAGCUCAAUCACACUCUCAGAUGUGCUAUUUGGAGACAUCUGGUUAUGUAGCGGACAAAGUAACAUGGCAUUCACUGUUGGUCAAGUGAUUAAUGCAACAGAGGAGUUGGCCUUGGCUUCUGAGUUCCCGGAUGUGAGGAUCUUCCAGGCUGCCUUGGUGCAGAGUGGUGAGGAACUAAUUGAUCUGGCAAGAGUGGAAGUUCCUUGGUCCCAACCAACACCAGAAUUGCUUGGGGGAAAGAAAUUCAGCCAUUUUUCUGCAGUUUGCUGGCUCUUUGGUCGCUAUCUCUACAAAACACUGAAGUAUCCGAUAGGGCUAGUACACUCAAGUUGGGGAGGCACACCUGUGGAGGCCUGGUCAUCCCCAAGGGCACUUCACAAAUGUGGACUGAUGAACAGUGUUUUUCGUGAACAAAGUAACUUCUUGGAUGGUGCCUCUAUUACAUGGAACAGUACAGUGCUCUGGAAUGCCAUGAUUCAUCCAUUACUCAACAUGACCAUAACAGGAGCCAUAUGGUACCAAGGUGAGUCAAAUGCAAACUAUAACCGGGAUAAAUACAACUGCUCUUUCCCUGUGAUGAUUGACGACUGGAGAAUGGCUUUCCAUAAAGGCUCAGGUGGCCAGACUCCACUAGACUUCCCAUUUGGAUUUGUACAGCUAAGCACAUAUCGCAAAAAUGAUUCACAAGAUGGGUUCAGAGAAAUACGCUGGCAUCAGACCGCAGACUAUGGCUAUGCCCCUAAUGUGCGCAUGAAGAACACCUUUAUGGCUGUUGCUAUUGACGUACCUGAUGCUAGGUCCCCCUAUGGGAGUAUCCACCCAGAGGAUAAACAGGAUGUGGCAUACAGACUUGUGCUUGGAGCAAGAGCUGUCGCCUAUGGGGAAAAAAAUGUAUCUUUCCAAGGACCUUACCCUACUCAUGCCAUGCUCAAACAGAAUUUAAUUUGCAUUGUGUUCAAUCAAACUAUCAUCAGUGCCACUACCAAUGAUGGUUUUUUUGAGAUAUGCUGCUCUGAGGAUAAGACGUGUGAAUCAGAUAAUAAAUGGUUGUCUGUUGACAUUGUAAAACAUGGCUUUGAUUAUGUUUAUGUAUCUACAAAAGACUGUCCAGAUGCUAAUAUUACUGCAGUGCGUUAUCUUUGGACAGACUGGCCUUGUAAAUUUAAAGCCUGCCCUAUCUACAGCUCUGAUGGACUCUUACCUGCACCACCGUUCAUCCUGGCCAUAAGAAAACAGUGACCUACAAUAGCAUACUGAAACAUCAAGUUUAGAAAACGUCUCUUAAUGUCAUAUAGCAGUGGUCUCAAUCCUGGUCCUGGGGGCCCACUGCACAUUUGGUAUAACUCUAUUUAUCUGACACACUCAGUUUGGUUGAUAAAGCUCUCUUCUGGUGACUCGAUGAUCUGGAUCAAGUGUGUAAGGAAGACAUACAAAAUAUGGGUCUUUAGCACUAGGAUUAAAGACCACUGCCAUUAUAUAGGGUGCAAAAAUAAUUAUAUAAAUGUGUAAAAUGUAAAAGAAUUAUAUUGAGAGAAUGCACUUCUGUAAAUCUUUUUGAGUGACGAUCUAAAUAUGUUUGUAAUUUGAACUCUCUAAUGGGAGAGCUGUUUUCCAACAACUUCGACCCCAAUUUAAUCAGUUUGCACUUUACAGUGGGGAAAAUAUUUAUUUGAUUUGGUAGGAGAUCAAAUACUUAUUACACUAAUGGAGAUGCAAAUCAGUCUCUAAACAUUAAGCGUUUUUUCAGAAUUUUUUGUAUGGUAUUCUGUCUCUAUGUGUUAAAAUAAUUUACAGAGCCUUCAUUUCUUUGCAAUUGGGCAAACUUACAAAAUCAGCAAGGGGUCAAAUAAAUAUUUUCCCCACUUGUAGACUUAAGGGGUUAAAACUGAGGUAAUUUUUCUUUCAGUGUAAUGAAUGUAGAGUUUAAAGAAAAUCAUGUUUAAAUAUCAUGUAACACAUUCCACAUUUUCCUGAAUCAACUGUAUUGAGCAUUUCUAAAAUUGUUCAUUUUGUUUCAUUAAAUUAUUCUAUUAGGACUAAUAUUAGGCUAAUUUUCCAAGUUAUGCUGUGAAUGUUUUACGUUCACAUAAAAUGAAUAACAUGAUACAGUUUUA